GCUCAUGUGCGUAGUCUAUGAUGCGCAUAUCAUGUAAGAAAGCAAUUGUACGACCUGAAUUAUGUGCUUAUGUUACAGACUACUACCCAUAGCCUUCGUUGGAUCUGCAUGAGGUAUGGAUAUACACAGGUAGCUGAGGAAGAGGGUUAAUAUCUAAGAAUAGGGGUGCGUUAAUCUGCAUAGAACCAAUGUAACGCGAAGAAGGCUGGCUGUACCUAACAUAUAAUUCUCUCCCGCCUUUAAAAGAGGUGAAAGGUCUUCUACAUCGUCCGUGUCAUGGGAUUGCCUGUUAAUCCCUAUAGCCUCAUCUAGCAAUAUUCAAUUGCAUUCUUGGGUACUUAGAAAAUUAGCUGUCUACCUAGUGACAGAUAUGGAGUCGAUUCCACAGACAGAGCAUGAAAUCAACAAAGGCCCCAAAGUUAUCGCUCUCGCAACGCUGCUUCAUGUAAUUGUGAGUAUAAUAGUUGGCCUUCGUAUAUGGGUGAAGGUCCAUCGUCGGUUGAGCAUGAGUCUGGACGACUGGUUGAUCCUCUCCUCAUUCGUAUUGCAAUGGGGGCUGUACAUUGGCAUGGUUCUAUUUGUUGAGAUUGGGGGGCUUGGUAGGCCUAUCAUUGUGAAUUUAGCCAUUGAUCGCAAUAGGCUUGUCAUAGACCAAAAGCUUUAUUUCGCCGGCCAACUUGUAUAUGUGACUGCCAUAUCAAUGGUCAAGCUGAGCAUCUUGUUCAUGUACCGGCGUAUUUUCCCAACCCAUCUCAUGAAUAUUGGAAGUAUGACCCUAGGUGCCAUUACAAUGGCGUGGUGGCUCUCUGUUAGCCUUGUGAUAAUCUUCCAAUGCGACCCAAUCCAUAAGGUAUUCGACCCAUUCAUGACGACAGGCCACUGCAUUUCCAGCUAUACUUUCUUCUUUGCAAAUGGGUUCCCAAACGUCGUCACUGAUGUUGCGAUUAUUUGUCUACCCAUUUACGAAAUAUGGAACCUUCAAUUACCUCAUAGCCAACGUGUUGCUCUGGCCUCGGUCUUUUCGUUUGGCCUGGGUGCGACUAUUACAAGUUUAGUCCGAAUGUUGCCUUAUAUUCGUGCUGAAGUAAGAACAGACCUAGAUUUCACCAUUACGCUAGUUGACCCUAUUUGGUUGAUUAGCCUCGAGGUUGGCCUAGCUACCAUUUGUGCGUCAUUGCCUGUACUGAGCCCGCUGCUUAGAGCUUUUCUGGACUCGAGCCUGUUCUCGUUCUGCGGGAGCAGGAAGGUCCAUAAUAGGCCAGCAGUACUUCACACGGUCCAAACUAUUGGCAGUCGGUUCGGGCAGCGGGCAAUGGCAGCGGGUACAAGACGGCUAGGCCAUGAUGCAGUUGACAUAUCCCUUGCAACUUUUGAACGCCUCGAGGAUGAGGGCAAGGAUGAGGGCAAGGAUGACAGAGUCAACAACAAUGCCACUCAGCUUAACGAAGAUGGCAGACGAAAGACAACAGAUUUGUGACCCCCGAGAUAUGCUAUCGAGGGUAGUACUAUUCUGGAAAGGGAUUGGAAUAGAGAGGGUAAUAGAGUAUCACUCAAUGCCAUGGCUGCGAAAGUGUUAUAAAUUGGCAAGAGAGCAACGCAAAUCAGUAUUGGACAUUAUGCUGGGAUUCGUUAUAACGAUUGGUUGUUAUUCACAAAAAUUUCAGCGGCGUGGUCGUCAAGUUGAACUUUCAAUGUUGAAAUGUGAAGAAGCUGUUGAAUGUAGGUAGGCUAGGU